GCGAAUUUAGUUAUUUUCUAUUUUUUUUUUUUUUUUAUUCCGCUACUUGGAAUUACCACCCCCACCGUUCUUCGAGGAUCAUCGAUACAUUCAUAUACCGUCUGCGCUUGUAACGUCAAAAGAUUACGAAUAUGAGCUCUGGUGACCCGUGGUCUCUACCGGUAAAGCAGGGCCUCUACGACCCAACUCUUGAGAAAGAUGCCUGCGGUGUUGGGUUCAUAGUCGCUAUUGAUGGGAAACGAUCCCACAAGAUCGUUCGAGAUGCAGAAAAAUUGUCGGCGCGCAUGAACCACAGAGGUGCAUGUGCAUGUGACAAUGAUAGUGGUGACGGAGCUGGUGUACUCUGUGCUAUUCCCCACGAUUAUUAUGCUGCAGAAAUUCGUCAACAGCAUGGCGUUGAAUUGCCUGAAUUUGGUCAUUAUGCAACCGGAAUUUUCUUCCUCGAUAAAACCACUCAUCAACAAACCGAAGAAACCUUUGCUAAAUUGGCUGAAGAGUGCAAUUUGCGGAUCAUCUGUUGGCGUGAUGUGCCCACAGAUAAUACAAAAAUCGGCCAGGUAGCUUACAAAACUGAACCCUAUUCGCGUCAGGUAUUUGUCACUGGGGAUCAAGAGGUCGAGGCAUUGAACCGCCAGGUGUUUGUACUGCGCAAGAGGGCAUCGCAUACUAUAUCACAGCCGGGAGUUCGAUUUUAUAUCUGCUCCUUGUCUCUGAAGACGAUUGUUUACAAGGGUCAAUUCACUGCCGAUCAACUAUGGAAGUAUUACACAGAUUUAUCGUCUCCAGACUUCGAAACAUAUCUGGCCUUGGUGCACACACGUUUUUCCACCAAUACAUUCCCGAGCUGGGAACGUGCGCACCCAUUACGUCUUCUUGCGCACAAUGGUGAAAUAAACACAUUGCGGGGUAAUGUUAAUCUAAUGAAAGCGCGAGAAGGUGUCAUGAGCAGUCCUAUCUACGGUGAUAAACUGAAACAACUUUAUCCUGUUGUUGAACCAAACCUUUCUGACUCUGGAGCUGCUGAUUGUGUCCUGGAAUUCUUGGUGAUGGCUGGUCAACGUACGCUACCUGAGGCUGUAAUGACGAUGGUCCCGGAAGCCUGGCAAAACGAUCUAACAAUGGCCACAGAGAAGCGUGAUUUCUAUCACUGGGCAGCAUGUGCUAUGGAACCCUGGGACGGACCAGCCCUACUAACAUUCACGGAUGGUCGCUACAUUGGAGCUAUACUAGACAGAAAUGGCCUGCGCCCAUCGCGUUUCUACGUCACUAAGGAUAACAUGAUGGUGAUGGCGUCCGAAGUGGGCGUCUAUGACACUCCGCCCAGCAAUGUUGUCCUCAAGAGCCGUUUGAAGCCUGGAAGGAUGCUGUUGGUUGACACAGAAGAGAAGAAGAUUAUUCAAGAUGUCGAUCUCAAGAUUCAUAUCGCACGCAGCAGGCCUCACUCUACUUGGCUUAAAGAACAGAGGAUAUCGAUGGACCAGUUACGAGAAGCUCAUAUUGCAAUAAACGGGUCAAAUGGUAUUACUGAAAACGGAAGUGUAGAAUUGACUAAGCUCAAUGGUAUCAACGAUACUUUCGAGGGUGUUUCUGCAGUGAAUCGUGUUUGGGGAGGAGACAAACGUCUUUCGUUAUAUGGAUAUACAAUUGAAACUAUCAAUAUGCUUUUACUGCCCAUGAUUCAAACCAAAAAAGAAGCACUCGGAUCUAUGGGUAACGACGCACCCUUGGCCUGCCUCUCCGACUUUCAACCUCUGAUCUACGAGUAUUUCAAACAAUUGUUUGCACAGGUAACAAACCCGCCGAUUGAUCCAUUCAGAGAGAAGAUCGUGAUGUCACUAAUGUGCCCAAUCGGUCCUGUGAGUAAUAUCCUGGAACCAAAUGAGUUACAAGUGCAUCGAUUAUUCCUUCAUCAACCCAUCUUAUCCCUGAAAGAUCUUGAGGUGAUUAAAAACACCACCUAUCGUGGCUGGAGAACAAAGGUUAUUGACAUCACGUAUCCUGCUGAGUACGGACCACCAGGUCUUCAGAAAACCAUUCACAGAGUGUGCAACGAAGCUAACGAAGCUGCCCAUCAGGGUUAUCAGCUCAUUGUCUUAUCCGACCGUCUAGCUGGUCCUGACAGAGUUCCAGUGAGCACUUUACUCGCCCAAGGUGCUGUACAUCAUUUUCUCAUCGAAGAGCGUCAACGAAUGAAAGUUGGCUUGAUCCUAGAGACUGCAGAAGCUCGAGAGGUGCAUCACAUGUGUGUACUGCUUGGUUACGGCGCUGACGCAAUCUGUCCCUACCUCGUCUUCGAAAUGGCUAGAAGUCUUAGAGCUGAUGGAGUUUUAGAUGAAUCCUGUACUGAUGAUAUCAUGUUCACUAAUUAUUCUGACGCUAUGGAACGUGGAAUUGCCAAAGUGAUGGCAAAAAUGGGAAUAUCUACUCUGCAAUCUUACAAAGGUGCCCAAAUCUUCGAGGCGGUUGGCUUAGCUGAUGAUGUUGUUGAUAAAUGUUUCAAGGGUACCCAAUCACGAAUUGGCGGUGUAACAUUCGACAUAAUAGCAAAAGAGGCUUUCGAAAGACACCAAAUGACUUACAUGGAAAAAGCCGUUGAUAUGAUGGUUCUGCGUAAUCCUGGAAUAUACCAUUGGCGAGCUGGAGGAGAGAAACAUAUCAACGAGCCCAACAGCAUUGCUAAUCUACAGGAAGCUGUUGAAUCGAAGAGUACCAACGCCUACGAAAAUUACCGCAAAUCUACGAUGGAUGCUGUCCGAGCAUGCACACUACGAGGUCAAUUGAAACUCAAAACUAUCGAUAAACCAAUAUCAAUUGAUGAAGUGGAACCAGCAUCUGAGAUUGUGAAGAGAUUUGUUACUGGUGCCAUGAGCUUUGGAAGUAUUUCACUGGAAGCUCAUACCACCCUUGCUAUUGCCAUGAAUAGAAUUGGUGGCAAGUCUAAUACUGGAGAAGGUGGAGAGAAUGCUGAUAGAUAUUUGGAUCAAGAUCCAGAAUUCAAUAAGCGGUCAUCAAUCAAACAAGUAGCAAGCGGCAGAUUUGGUGUAACUUCCAGCUACAUUGCAAAUGCCGAUGAUUUGCAAAUUAAAAUGGCUCAAGGUGCCAAACCUGGUGAAGGUGGUGAGCUGCCAGGAUAUAAAGUCACAGCAGAUAUUGCUGCAACGCGUCACUCUGUGCCUGGAGUUGGACUAAUUUCACCCCCACCUCAUCAUGAUAUAUACUCAAUAGAAGAUUUAGCUGAGCUGAUUUACGAUUUGAAAUGCGCAAAUCCAAAUGCACGGAUCUCUGUAAAACUUGUGUCGGAAGUCGGAGUUGGAGUUGUUGCAUCUGGUGUAGCUAAAGGUAAAGCAGAGCACAUUGUAAUAUCUGGGCAUGACGGUGGUACUGGAGCUAGUAGCUGGACUGGAAUCAAGGCAGCGGGUCUUCCAUGGGAGUUGGGUGUAGCAGAGACUCACCAAGUCUUAACACUCAACAACCUGCGCUCCAGAGUCGUUGUACAAGCAGAUGGUCAACUCCGCACUGGCUUUGACGUCGUUGUCGCUGCACUUCUAGGUGCAGACGAAUUUGGUUUCAGUACAGCUCCACUGAUCGCUAUGGGCUGCACAAUGAUGCGAAAAUGCCAUCUAAAUACGUGCCCAGUAGGCAUUGCUACACAAGAUCCAAUUUUACGUAAGAAGUUUGCAGGAAAACCAGAACACGUCAUCAAUUUCCUGUUCAUGUUGGCUGAAGAGGUACGAUCGCACAUGGCUAGCCUUGGUAUCCAAAAAUUCCAAGAUUUAGUCGGACGCACUGAUUUCCUAACGGUUGCUAGUCGUGAUCAUGAAAAAUCCAAGACUCUUAAUUUUACGAACAUUUUACGCAAUGCAUUGGAGUUGCGUCCAGGUGUCAAUAUUAAGGGUGGCUCGAUCAAGCAGGAUUUCCAGCUCGAAAACAGAUUGGACAACAAGCUUCUUGAAGAGGCAGCACCAAUUUUGGAAGGUCUCAAAAAAAGCGUUUCCAUCCAGAUGAGCAUCAACAACGAAUGCAGAGCAUUUGCAUCAACUUUAAGCUAUCACAUUUCAAAGAAAUUCGGGGAAGAAGGGCUUCCAGAACACAGUAUUAAUAUCAAUAUGACUGGCUCUGCAGGUCAGAGCUUUUGCGCUUUUAUGACAAAAGGUGUUCAUGUUACAUUAGAAGGAGAUGCAAACGAUUACGUAGGAAAGGGUCUGUGUGGCGGAGAGAUUAUCAUAUAUCCUCCUAAGGAUUCAGACUUCAACUCCGAAGCUAAUGUAAUUGUGGGUAAUGUCUGUCUGUAUGGUGCGACUUCUGGUCGGGCAUACUUCCGAGGUAUAGCUGCAGAGAGGUUCAGCGUUCGUAACAGUGGAGCUAUCGUAGUUGUAGAAGGUGUAGGCGAUCACGGAUGCGAGUACAUGACUGGAGGUUGUGCACUCAUUCUUGGACUGACAGGAAGAAAUUUUGCUGCUGGAAUGUCAGGUGGAAUUGCUUACGUUCUCGACGUUGAUGGAUCUUUCAAAAGUAAAUGCAAUCCUGAAAUGGUGGAGCUACUUCCACUUAAUCAGCAGAGUGAUAUUGCGUAUGUGAAGGAACUUCUGGAAGAGUUCAUUGAAAAGACUGGGUCAUUGAUCGCUCAAGAAUUAUUGAAGGUCUGGCCUGAACCAACCACCAGAUUUGUAAAGGUAUUCCCAUACGAAUAUCAACGUGCUUUAAAGCAACUAGCAGAGCAGAAAGUAUCACAGCCAGUUUUGAACGGCAAUAGCAGACCAUCGGAACCUAACGUUAAAGAUAUUGAAGAUUCGAUUGCUGAUGGGGAUAUGGAAAAGAAGAAAUUGGAUAAGAUUCGAGGAUUUGUAAAAUACGGUCGUGAAACAAAAAACUAUCGACCGGCUGAAAAACGAAUGGAAGAUUGGGAUGAGAUAUAUAACUUCCAAGGUGUUAGGAAGGGACUUAGAGUUCAGGCAGCAAGAUGUAUGGAAUGUGGUGUUCCUUUCUGUCAGAGCAGCCAUGGCUGUCCUCUUGGAAACAUUAUUCCAAAGUGGAAUGAUCUCGUAUUUCAUUCGAACUGGAAAGAGGCCUUGAAUCAGCUGCUCCAGACCAACAACUUUCCUGAAUUUACUGGAAGGGUAUGUCCAGCGCCUUGUGAGGGCGCUUGUGUGUUGGGAAUCUCAGAGCCACCUGUGACAAUAAAAAAUAUUGAGUGCGCUAUCAUAGAUCAUGCUUUUGAGCAAGGAUGGAUCACUGUGCAACCUCCGAAGUCAAGAACUGGACGUCGAGUGGCAAUUGUAGGAUCUGGUCCUUCUGGCCUCGCUGCGGCUCAUCAGCUUAACAAAGCUGGUCACUUGGUCACUGUCUAUGAAAGAAACGAUCGUGUUGGUGGUCUUUUGCAGUAUGGUAUUCCUACCAUGAAAUUAUCCAAGCAAGUUGUUCAACGGCGAGUUUCUCUUCUAGCAGCUGAAGGAAUCUCCUUCAAGACUGGUAUCAAUGUUGGAAAGGAUAUUUCAGCUAAAGAAUUGAAAGAACAGUAUGACGCGCUUCUUCUGUGUACUGGAGCUACGUGGCCAAGAGAUCUGCAAAUACCAGGACGACACUUCGAAGGAAUUCACUUUGCCAUGAGUUUUCUCGAGAAUUGGCAAAAAAAACAGAUGGGAAACACUGUACCACCCAAAAUGGAAUUAAUUGCCCAGGAUAAAGAUGUCAUAAUUAUCGGUGGUGGAGAUACAGGAUGCGAUUGCAUCGCUACAUCCUUGCGACAGGGUGCCAAAUCCAUUACAACGUUUGAAAUCUUACCUGAACCUCCUGUGAAAAGAGGAAAGGACAAUCCAUGGCCGCAGUAUCCUCGAGUGUUCAAGGUGGACUAUGGGCAUGAAGAAGUUUCUCUUAAAUUUGGACGGGAUCCACGUCAGUUCAGUACACUGAGCAAGGAAUUCUUGGGCGAUGACAAAGGACACGUAACUGGAAUUAGAACAGUCACAGUUGAAUGGACUAAAGAUGAAGCAGGCAGAUGGAAAAUGGACGAAGUUCCUAAUUCUGAAAAGACCUACAAAUGUGAUCUGGUAUUACUUGCAAUGGGCUUUAUGGGACCUGAGAAAUACGUUGCUAAUGAUCUAGCAGCAAAACUGGAUGGGCGUGGAAACUACGAAACUCCUGGUGGCAAAUACUCAACUAGUAUUCCAGGCGUUUUUGCUGCAGGCGAUUGCCGAAGAGGUCAAUCACUCGUCGUAUGGGCAAUAGCUGAAGGAAGGCAGGCUGCAAGGGAAGUUGACAAGAGUCUAAUGGGAUCUACGACUCUGCCAAGUCCCGGUGGUGUUAUCACAGGAGUCUUACCUUAAAUCUGAGUAAGGCGAGAUCCUGUGAGCAAAAGAUGUUCAUGAGUCCACAUUGAGCCCAAUAUGGCAGCUGACUUUGUAGAAAUUGCGUAUUGAUUAUUGUGUCAACUUAGGAGAAAUUUCUUAAUUCACAGACUGAUUAAUUCGUUGAGGCGUCCAUAAAUCUCAUUUGAUUAUUUGGAUCCUGGUCAUGUAGACUGAAACUGUAAUCGAAAUAGCCUCUAGGAUAUGUAAGAGAUAUUAAUUAAUACUGCAUCGUCGUGCUUGUCAUAUUGCGUUUCGUAUAAGGUUAGGCAUGUACACAUACACAUAAGCACAGACACACACCUGCACACAUAUCGUUGUACAUAAGAUAUGUACAUGUAUGUACAUGCAACUGCUAAUGUGAUUGGAGUUAUAUUUUUUUGUUCUUUCUCAAGUGCGAAAAGCGGUGCUGUAAACGUCAUAGCAAACUCCAUAAGUUGUAGGCAUGAAGAAAACGCAUGUAAGUACUUGGUAGAGGUGAUGCUUAAUUAUUUUCUCCAGCAUAAAGAUUCAACUGCAAGACGGAAUACUAAAAUUCUAUUCUUGCCACUAUCAGGACUGCAUGACAUGCCAUAGGAGAUUAUGAUAUCUAAUGAUGUAAAAUCUUUACAUAUACAAUAUAAAUACGUACACAAAAAUAUCGUAUGCAAAUCAAUGUAAUGUCCUGCAUUCCUAUGAUUAGGCUGCUGAAACUACUGAAAUUAAUUAAUUGUUUAUAGAAGAAAGUUGGAAACGAUAUGUCGAAACAUUAUUUGGAGCAUAUCUAAACUAUGUUCUGGAAUGUAUACUAUGUAUUCUAUUAAUUGUCGCGUACGUGAUUGGUCUGCCACAUUUUGUUCAUGUUUUUUUUUUCGAUUAUGCCUUUUUGUAAUGUUCUUAGCUUACAUAAUUGUAUCAGUAAGUUAUAAUUGUCGGAUCUUAUCAUCGAUUUAUGGUAUAAGUAAUUUAUUUAUGAUUGUAGUAUCAAAUGUUGGAUAUCAGAAUAUUUGCUACACGUUAUUAACCAAUUGUUCCGAGUAUAAGCCGACUGCGCAUAUCAGACGAUCUCCAAUUAUGAGACAAUAUUUCAGGGUGUUUUCCUUAGUUACCUGCAUGAAACGGGUCCGCGGAUAAUAUUAGGACGGUUUUGGCAGGUGCUAUUAGCGAUGACAAACAUCUUAUAUUCGGAAUAAUGUGGUAUUAUUAUUAAAUAUUGAAAUAACUUUUAUUUCCAUUAAUAGCAUCGUUCCAUGAGUGAACACCUAUCAUUUGAAUCAAUACGAUAGAUUGAAAUAAUCAUUUAUCACUGUAAAUUAUAGUGCAAACGUAUCUAUAUUAUACUAACGAGACAAUAAAAGUAUACUGAACGUUAAA